CUCUGCGCCAAUGCCGCCAACUGACGCUGCAUCGUUUUGUCGUCUGCGUUUCUAUGUGUGUGUAGUGCGGCUCGUACUGGUGUUCUCCCCUCACUGAAUAAGAGUUAUCCUGGUCUUCAUUCCGCACGCAAUGACUUCGCUAAGUCGCCGAGGAGUUCAACUGCUCGCCGCAGCCGUUGCGGGCUGGGGUGGUUGCCGUGCGUACGACCACUUCUCGACGAAAGGUCAGGUGCACGCCGCCACGCUUUUACCGAGCUCUCCUGCGAUCGUGCCUGUGGAGCCCGUUGAAGGUGCCAGCCGUCAAACGCAGAUCAUGCGUUUCGGCUUUCCUGGAACCGACACCCUACGAUUUUUAGACGACUACGUCCUCUCCUACGACCGCAGGAACAGAACUGCACAUUGGGUCUUCGAGCACCUAACGAAGGAGAAACUGUUGAGGAACGACAAGGUGGACAGGUCCAAGUGCGAAUUUCACGAAGACCCCCAGAUACACCCGUACUUUCGGUCCCUGAACUCUGACUAUUACAAGAGCGGCUUUGACCGUGGCCAUUUGGCGGCCGCGGGUAACCACCGGCGGUGUCAAACCGACGUGGAUCAAACUUUUCUGCUCAGUAAUAUGGCACCCCAGGUUGGCAAAGGAUUCAACAGAGACUCUUGGAACAGGCUAGAGAAGCAUGUCCGAGGCCUAACAAAGCACUACAAGAAUGUCUAUGUUUGUACCGGCCCUCUGUAUUUACCACGAAUGGAGAGUGAUGGAAAAAAAUAUGUCAAGUACCAAGUGAUCGGUGCCAACCAUGUAGCUGUGCCAACGCAUUUCUUCAAAGUGGUUGUGGGAGAAACGGAGAAUGCAGAAUUCGACUUGGAAUCAUAUGUCAUGCCCAAUGCUGUCAUACCUGAUGACACGCAACUUCGGUCGUUUCUGGUUCCAUUAGACACCAUUGAGAGGGCAGCGGGGCUGCUGUUUUUUGACAAGAUUGACAAAAACAAGUUUCGUCGCGUCAACAGGAGAUGAUGUAUGCGCGUGGAUCACACACACCAAAGAAGUGUUGCCUCAGGAGGAAUCCACAGCACUAUCACCACUCUGUGCAGCCACAAUCUUGGGUCGUAAGGCCGAGAGCGAGAUAAGGAUGGCCUCCUGCAAGAUAAUUUAAACAUUAUUAAUUGUAUAUAGUCGAACCCACUUAUAAUGUUUUGACAAUAUACAUCAGAUAGUAUAACAGUAAGCAGCCGCUGCACUCAGAACUUUCAUGUCUUCUAUGGUGGAACAAACCACCUUCUACAAUGUUCCCAUGCCACAUUAUCGGUUGUAACAAUUAAAUCUGGCUCCCGGCCUCUCCGUGGCAAGAAAGAAGAAUGCUUGAAAUGCUGACAAAGAAAGAAAGGAACAUUGCCAGCUGCUGCACCUACUAUUUGAGUACCACACGUGCCACACAUUCAAAUAGAGCCAGGUUUCCAGCCUUCUCAGCACCCCAGAACCUCAUGCAUCUGUUUUUUUCUGUGCAACCCACUUAUAACAGUGGAAUCUUAAUGGCACUGUAUUAUUGCUAUAAGUGGGUUCGACUAUACCACACAGCAACAAGUUGCAAACCAUGCGCAGUUGCAUAUCUAAACAGUCUAAACAUAGCUUACUCUUAAUAAAUGUAUCUCGUGCUAACUGUUUUUAUUAGGAAUGUGUGAAUACCGCGUACUAAUAGUAGAUUUCAAAUUCAAUAUCUGCAAAAGAUGCAGGUCUACCCAUGCUCAGAACACUACUCACAUUAAGUAGCAAGAAUAUUUGCUACCAGUAAUACAGGUAUUUAGAGACAUAGUAUUUAUACCAUGGUCUAUUCUUAUGAACACCAAAUUAGUGUGCCAGCCCUGAUAACUCAGUAUCAGGGGCAACCUAAUGAAUACAACAGACAUUUCAAGCCAAGGAAAGCAUAAGGUCAGUGGGGUCCGAACCCACACCCUUCGAAUUACGCGUCCAAUGCUCUACCAUAUAAGCUACAAUGGUAAGUGUUCCCCUGUCCACUUUGUUGGGUAUUCCUGUGCGUGUAAUGUUGGAGUGUUCGCCAGUGCAACUCGUCACCAAGGCGGCAAGUGUGGAACACUUUUUGCCAGAGGGCUUCGUGUAGCGUGUGAUCUUUUUACGAGCUGGCAGCUGACCCAUAAACCCUUGCUCUGAAAGGUUCGAGGAGCUCGUUUCUUUACACAACCUAAUGAAUCCAACAGACCAAGGAGAGCACAGUGUACACUAUUCGUUACUUUUAACUGUAGUGCAGUAAAUAUUGCAUAAAUGGAAAUAAAUUGAAGUGGACGAUAAAACGCUUUUGCAAUCUGUGAGGCCUGUACCCACAACCUAUACCCAACAAAGUGGAUGGGGGAAUGUCUGUUGUUGUAGCUCAAUUGGUAGAGCACUGGACAUAUAAUUCGAAGAUUAUGGGUUCGGGCCACACCGACAGCAAGGGAGUUUUUUCAUCCACUUUAAUUAUUUCCGUUGAUAUAUAAUUACUACAUUAUUGUUAAAAAUGUCUGUUUGAUUCAUCAGGUUAUGUCCAACAAAGAAACGAGCCCCUCAAAUAAUUCCGCUUUCAUUCACUAUCAGCGGGCAGCACAGCUGUAAAGCCAUAUGAUGCCAAGUAUAAAAGGACACUUGUCUACCCAGCCCCCACUUUAGAGUAAAGGGCAUGCCCCCUCAAAAAAAAUUCCUGGCUACACUAAGGCUUCUAUACGUACACCUGGAAAAUGUUAGCUGAACAGAUUUAAGGGCUUUUUUUUUCCCACCUGAACAUAAAAAAAUAGCAACGUUAUAUUGCUAUGAAUACUAACAAGGUUUUCAGUCUAUUGGGGGUCUCUGUUCUAUUGCUUAGAAAGCUUUGCUUUCUCAUUUUCUUCCAGAUAACAGAAAUGGGUUUUCCAUGUAUAUGAGAGAUGGCUUUUGUGGGUUAUCAUCAGCUUGUCAAGACCAAACUGAUCAACAGGAAACAACGAGUUUAGCGCAUCAUGUAAUUCAGCAUUUUUCUGUACGAUAAUGAUCAUAGCACGGGUUGACUAACUGCAUUUAGUGCUGACAAUAAAGAGCACCUUUUUCACUA